UACUUUAUACCUGUAUAUUUUAUUUGGUUAAAACUAAAACUAACGGAGUUGCGUUCUGCUUCCGCAUAAGUAACUAAACUAAACACACCUAAAACUCACCAGUCGAUGUGUCGGUGCCUGAGCAGCCUGAACCCUGACAGCUCGACUGCGAGAGAGAAAUCCCAAUUGAUUUGUGAGAGAAUCCUAAGAAGUUGGUAUACUUAAGUACUUAUAGUUCAUCGAAGACCGAAGAUACGAAAAUUGGAAAAACCUAGAAUCUCAGCCUCGGCCCUACUUAAGUACAAUGGGUCAUAGAUUUCACAGUGCCUUUUCGAACGUGACAUUCGUCUCCCACCUUUGCUGCCACGGCCGCCGAAUCUCUACCAUAUCUGCCUGAGAUUAUCAACUAUUAACAUUACUUGUUUCUAAUACCUAUUGUUGUCUUGUGGCACUAGUCGUUUUCGAAUGAUUCGUAUUUCAUGCUCUCUCUACAAAGUACUGCGUAAGUGCAAGUAAAGCUAAUUAGAAUUAGCUAAGGAGGCCGAAGAAGAAGGUACUAUGAAGGCAAAGAAAUUGUUUGCUGCUCUUGGAGCAGGCCUGCUUGUGGCCUGCUGCAUCAUGAUUUACCUGAUACUCGAUGUCACUUUUCUUCCCCAAAAUCGUGGCACAAAGACUAAUUUUCAGGACAAUCAAUGGUUGCAUUUUGAAAAUCGAUUAUUGGAACUGGAAAACAAGUUUAAAAAUCAUCACCACGAGGCAGCUUCUCAAGUGAAGAAAAAGCGAAAUGGAGAAACUGCAGAGCUAGAUGAUAGUACUGGUUUACAUAUGAAGUCUGGCGAACCCUCAGAGUGCACCGUGAAUUUCAGACAGUUACCAGAAGUUGAUAUUCAAAUGCUGGAUAUUUACAACCAGUUGAAAUUUGACAAUCCAGAUGGUGGAUCGUGGAAACAAGGUUGGGAUAUCAGAUAUAACGAAAGAGAAUGGUCCUCUAAAGAUAAGCUGCAGGUCUUUGUGGUGCCACACUCUCACAAUGAUCCGGGAUGGUUGAAUACUUUUGAAAAAUAUUACUCAUACCAAACGCAAGGAGUACUUGACAAUAUGGUACAUAAGUUAGCUAGCGAUAGUAGAAAGAAAUUUAUUUGGGCAGAAAUCUCAUACCUUAAACUUUGGUGGGACGAUCAAUCUCAAGCUACUCGUGAAACAGUUAAGCAACUUGUGCACGACGGUCAAUUGGAAAUAGUUGCUGGGGGCUACGUUAUGCCUGAUGAAGCAGUAUCCCACUGGAUGGCUCAGCUUACACAAUUAACCGAGGGACAUCAAUGGCUGAAAGCAAAUUUGGAUUACAUACCCAAGACCGGCUGGGCCAUAGAUCCCUUUGGACUCUCUCCCACGAUGCCGUAUCUCUUAAAAAAAGCUGGUCUGGAGAACACCCUUAUCCAGAGGGUUCAUUACUCUGUGAAGAAAAAGUUGGCACAAGACAAGCACUUGGAAUUCCGUUGGCGGCAGCUGUGGGAUAAUGACGGCUCUAGCGAAAUAUUCACGCACAUGAUGCCCUUCUACAGUUACGACAUCCCGCACUCUUGCGGCCCAGAUCCCAAGAUCUGCUGCCAGUUCGACUUUUACCGGCUGCCAAGCUUUGGCUUCAGCUGUCCCUGGAAGAUACCUCCCAAGGCCAUCUCAAAGUCCAACGUUGGUAAACGUGCAGCCGUGCUACUCGAACAGUAUCGAAAAAAGUCCGAGCUGUAUAGGUCGAACGUUGUGCUGGCGCCGCUGGGCGACGACUUCCGCUAUUCCCAUGUCACCGAGUGGGACGCUCAAUUCAACAAUUACCAAAAGUUGUUCGAUUACAUGAACAGUGACCGACAAAUGAACGUGCACAUACAGUUCGGUACGUUGAAAGAUUACUUCGAGGCGGUGAGGCGCCAGGAGGACGUAAAUUCGUACCCCAGCCUGAGUGGUGAUUUUUUUACGUACUCCGAUCGUGACGAUAAUUACUGGAGCGGUUACUAUACCUCGAGGCCGUUUCACAAGCGCUUGGAUAGGGUUUUGCUGGGAGCGCUCAGAGGCUCGGAGUUGAUGGCUACGAUAGCCUGGAUGCAGGGUAACGAUCUGCUCCAGGAGAGAAUGGCUGCAAGGCUAGACGUGGCCAGACGCUGGCAUUCGCUUUUCCAGCAUCACGACGGAGUCACUGGCACUGCCAGAGAUCACGUUGUUGUCGAUUAUGCGCAAAAGAUGAUUGUCGCACUCAAUAACUCGGCUCAUAUUCUUCAGCAAUCGAUCAUGCAUCUAAUGAGGACUCCGCAAAAGGCGGCCCUCGAUCUUGAUGAUACUUACCUGUCUUUGGAUAAGACUAGGUCUUAUCACACAAGUCCGGGAGACAAGUAUGUUAUUUCACUUGGCAGUGACAUUCCUCUAAAAAAAGUUUUGUUUUACAACUCACUUCCAAGAUCGCGAACGAGAGUCGAGAGCGUGUACGUGUCGACACCGUACGUCCGAGUUACGGAUAGAACGGGCCGGCCGAUCACGUGUCAGAUCUCGCCGGUCUGGGUCAGCCCAGCAGCUAUGUCUGCAGCGAGAUACGAAUUGUCUUUUCUAGUCACUAUACCUGCUUUUGGCGUCACCACAUACGUAGUUCAUUCCUUGCACGGACAAAAUUUGCCAGAGGAAUGCCAUCUGGCAAAUGUAACGGUAUACAACACAGCCAUCCCAUUAUCAGUGGUACCUGGUUUCGACGCCGUACAAACAUUCCCACGCAUGCAAGAAUUCUCCAUCAGCCAGCGACCCGAGUUGUCCGCGUCCUUUGGUAACCAAGGCUUGCUCAAGGCUCUGCGAAUUGAUGAAAUGACGCAUCCAGUGCGCUUGGAGUUUGUCAAGUACGGAACGCGAGGGGUCGGUCAGGACCGAAGUGGAGCCUACCUGUUUCUGCCCGACAAGCCCGAGCCUGAUCCAGUUUUUGACAACAACCACAAUCGCAUUGUUCAUCUGAUCACGGGACCCAUUUUUUCUCGAGUUUUUACGGAUUUGCCCCACGUCAAGCACAUAUGUACUCUUUACAAUUCACCGGGUAGCGAUGGACUGGGCUUGCACAUUACAAACGAAGUUGACGUUACUGAAACACAAAACUUUGAACUGGCCAUGAGAAUCAAUACCAACAUUGCUUCGGGAGACGUGUUUUACACCGACUUGAAUGGUUUGAACAUGAUUAAAAGACAAAGGUUCUCGAAAAUUCCAACGCAAGGUAAUUUCUACCCUCUGGCAGCAGCUGGCUACAUUUCAGACGACGAUUUGAGAAUGACCAUAGUAACUGGACAACCUUUGGGAGCUUCUUCUAUGUCUUCUGGACAGUUUGAAAUCAUACAAGAUCGAAAAUUAAUGCAAGACGACAAUCGGGGCUUGAGCCAGGGUGUAACAGACAACUUGUUGACUUUCCAUCAAUUCACUUUAAUCCUUGAAAAACGCCAAAAAAAUUGCGCGCACUCUGAGACACCGUCUGAACAUCCGGCGGGACUUUUGUCUCUCGCUGGACAUUUAUCUUUGGAUGAUAUGCUUCAUCCAAUAACUGGUUUGCAUCCACGACAAAUGGCUCCGUUAAAUCUCAAUCCGAACUAUUCGGCGCUCGGUACCAACUUUCCAGUAGACUUGAGUGUCGUCAGUCUACGCGUUAUUGAUAUUCCCGACGGCGCGGGCAAAGGUGUAGGUUUAGUGUUGCAUCGUCAGGGGUUGAGUCUCUGCUGGGGCGAUAAAAGCUUGCAGCAACGCUUCCCGGUCUCGAAAACUGGUGAUAUUGAUCUAAGUAAGUUUAUUGUAUCCAUGCAAGAUUGGACCAUUAGCAAGACGCCGCUCACGUUCACAAAAGUCGAAUCCUCGUUGCAGUCGCCGAUGGUAAGCUUGUGCCCACAUGAGCUACUCUCAUUGUUGUUUUACAAAUCUUAAGGUGCAAAGAAGCAUAAGAUCUUUAUCAUGUUUACACAUAGUAUUAAAGUUUAACAUUUUUUUUUUUUUUUUU